GGUAGCCAAACCGCUAUUCGGUGGUACCCUCCUGCAUAUGAUAUCCGUGUGGAAGCCGUCCCACUCCCAAGCAUUGAACACCCUGACGAUGCAAUCGUCAAGAUCAAACUAGGCGGACUCUGUGGCAGCGAUCUUCAUGUAUACCGGGGACAUGAAGACGUCGAUGCACCAUUGAUAUGUGGGCAUGAGUUCGUCGGCGAAGUUGUGGCAUUAGGGUCCAGCUUCACGCCCGAGUCAUCCGGGCGGCCUCCACUGUAUUCGUCCUUGCGCUUAGGCGAUAAAGUUGUCUCGCCUUUCACAGUGUCUUGUGGAGAGUGCCAUUUCUGUCGCGUGGGUUCUACCUGCCGUUGCAUACAUUCGCAGCUGUUCGGCAUCCCCGCUCUACCCGGUGGACAGGCACAGUAUGUACGAGUCCCCAAAGCAGGGGGUACACUGUUCAAGAUCGAAGGGCAGACUUCCCAGAUCUCAGAUACUUCCCUGAUUCUCUUAGGAGAUAUCCUACCGACUGGUGCAUUUGCGGCAUUGCAAGCAUUGCAGCAUCCAAAGUUGCUGCCGUUCUUCACGUCACAGCCGUAUCCCUUCAGCUCCCAACCAUUGGCAUCUAUACUUAAAAGUAGUGGCAUUGAACUCCCUCAAUCCCUGAUCCGCGAUGAAGAUAAGGUCCUGACCUUGGCCGUAGUUGGGUUGGGACCCGUAGGAGUGUGCACUAUAGUCUCGCUGUUGGAUCUUCUCGCAAAAUCCGACGUCGCAUUUAAGAUAGUCGCCAUAGACCCAAUUGAAGAAAGGCGCAAAAAGAUCAAAGAAGUAUAUAGAGCUGUCGACGCCAGAGACCGAGGGCGGGGAACCUUCGAAGUCGCCUCCAUCGAGGAUGGCAAGAAAACAGUACAUCAAUGGACAAACGGCACUGGCUGUAACGCCGUUCUAGAGAUUGUGGGUAAUAACAGCGCUCUCACCCUCGCCUACGAGCUUGUGCGACCUUUCGGUGUAAUCAGCUCCGUGGGUGUGCACCAAGGCCCGCAACUACCUUUUACCGGAAGAGAUGUGUACAACAAGAACGUCUCGUUCGAGUUCGGCAGAUGUCCUGUGCGCGCCAUUUUUCCGAUAACGCUCGAGGUUCUGUUGAAGCGUCAAGACGUCUUUGGUGGAGUUGGCGGAGCCGCGAGCCUAGUAGAGAAGGUCGUGGGCUUUGAUCAAGCUGCGGAAAGCUACGAGCUCUUCGACAAAGGAAAAUGCGGGAAAGUACUGUUCGACCCGUGGAGAUAG